AAGGUUGAGGAGCUCCGAAAAAUCGGUGAAAUACGUGGUUUUACUACAGAGUACCAACAAAUUACAAAAUGGAAAGUGAAUGAGAUAUGUCACAAGAAGAGAGCUCCGGCUACUGAUGAAAGAUACAACAGAGCUUUCAGAUGGAUGAUGACUCAAGGUGAACCUGAAGACAGGUAUUU